AUGGAAAAUCAUGAAGGCUUUGAUCCUAGUGGGGGGUACGGGACCCGACUGCGACCGCUCACCCUGAGCGUCCCAAAACCCCUCGUGGAGUUCUGCAACAAACCCAUCCUGCUGCACCAGGUGGAGGCACUGGUGAAAGCUGGGGUGGACCAUGUGGUUCUGGCAGUGAGCUACAUGUCAGAGCUGCUGGAAAGAGAGAUGAGAGUGCAGGAGCAGAGACUCGGGAUUCGUAUCUCUCUGUCUCAUGAGAAGGAGCCUCUGGGAACAGCGGGUCCCCUGGCGUUGGCUCGAGACUUGCUGAAUGAUAACAGUGAGCCGUUCUUCGUUCUCAACUCAGACGUCAUCUGUGAUUUUCCGUUCAAAGAUCUGCUGCAGUUCCACCGCAACCACGGCAAGGAGGGAACCAUUGUGGUAACACGGGUGGAAGAGCCCUCUAAGUACGGUGUGGUGGUGUAUGAGGCGGACAGCGGGAGGAUCCAUCGCUUUGUGGAGAAACCACAGGUCUUUGUCUCCAACAAAAUUAAUGCCGGCAUGUACAUCUUCAAUCCCAGCAUGCUCAGCAGGAUCCAGCUGAGACCAACAUCCAGAAAAGAAAUAUUUCCUGUCAUGGCAGGGGAGGGACAGCUGUAUGCCAUGGAGCUGCAAGGUUUCUGGAUGGACAUCGGCCAGCCUAAAGACUUCCUGACAGGGAUGUGUAUGUACCUCCAGUCAGUACGACAACACGCACCUGAGAGAUUACGCACAGGCCCCGGUUUCCUCGGCAACGUCUUGGUGGAUCCCACAGCACAGAUCGGGGAGAACUGCACCAUCGGCCCGAAUGUUACCAUCGGCGCCGGCGUUGUCGUGGAGGACGGCGUGAGGAUAAAGAGGUGCACGGUGCUGAAAGGGUCAAGGGUUCGAUCGCACUCGUGGCUGGAGAGCUGCAUCGUGGGGUGGAGCUCGUCAGUCGGCCAGUGGGUGCGUAUGGAGAAUGUGACGGCUGGGGAGGACGUGAUCGUCAAUGAUGAGCUUUACCUGAACGGUGCCAACGUCCUGCCUCACAAAUCCAUCAACGAGUCAGUCCCGGAGCCGCGAAUCAUCAUGUAGCGUCAGGUGGAGGAAAAAUCCCAGCGCCUUUUAUAUGAACACUAUGAGGAAGACCCAAACUGUGCCAGAGAAGAGGGAGGGACAUUCAGGCAGUUGAAUGGAAGCAGGAGGAGGAAGAACAAAAGGCUUCUUUGUCUUUCUUUUUAUAAAUUAAUUUGGACUUGUU